AUUCUCGUGCAGCAGAGCAGGUCAGUGCAAGUAACUGCAUCUACAGACGGAGGACGAGCAUCCCGUUAUAUGGGUCCUGCUUAGUUCCCGGACAGGGGACGGGUGGCCCGCAAUUUCACCACCCUCUAUAUUAAAUGCUGUUCGUUUUUAAUUACUACUGAAAUUCGUUCUCCAAAUUAUGUUCUGAACGACCACAAAACAGAUCCUUUCCAAGUUAAUAGAAAAUAAGGAAUUUUGCGGCUGAUUAUUUUACAUAACUCAUUCUUAUUCAAUCAGUACUCACCUGCCCAUCGAGGUGAUUAAGAUGCUCGAUUGCAUCCACUGUUACCUAGUUUUUGCGAUCUGAACGAAAAGCUCCCCAUGGAUUUUAAAAUCAAAUGGAACUUAAGUUUACUAAUGUUUACUCACUAGAAUCACCGACUGUUUCAUAACAGGGACGUUUCUUUGUCCCAACAAUACUUUCGCAACUAUGUCCGUGCUACGGAGGAAAUUUGGAGAGGACUAUCAGGUUGUGAACACCAACACUGGAGCGAUCUACUCAGCGCCAGCCAAAAAGAAGCGCCAACGCUUCGUGGAGAAGAACGGCCGCUGCAAUGUUCAACACGGCAACCUGGGAGGGGAAACCAGCAGAUACAUAUCAGACCUUUUCACUACGCUGGUGGAUCUGAAGUGGCGUUGGAACUUGCUCAUAUUCAUACUGACUUACACCAUCGCCUGGCUGGUCAUGGCUUCUAUGUGGUGGGUCAUCGCCUACAUUAGAGGGGACCUUAAUCACGGCCACGAUCAAUCGUAUACUCCCUGUGUCGCCAAUGUCUACAACUUUCCUUCCGCAUUUCUAUUCUUCAUUGAGACGGAGGCCACCAUCGGUUAUGGCUCACGCUAUAUAACAGAGAAGUGCCCAGAAGGCAUCAUUCUCUUCCUGUUUCAGUCAUUGUUAGGGUCUAUCGUGGACGCUUUCCUCAUAGGCUGCAUGUUCAUCAAGAUGUCCCAGCCGAAGAAGCGCGCCGAGACUCUCAUGUUCAGCCAGGACGCCGUCAUCUCGCAACGCGACGGGAAACUCUGUCUCAUGUUCAGAGUUGGCAACUUGAGAAACAGCCAUAUGGUGUCCGCACAAAUUAGGUGCAAACUCAUAAAGUCUAGACAAACUCCAGAAGGUGAGUUCCUCCCCUUGGACCAGUGUGAGCUGGACGUGGGCUUUGGGACUGGCGCAGACCAACUCUUCCUGGUGUCCCCACUCACAAUCUGCCAUGAGAUCAACCCCAAAAGCCCCUUCUUUGACCUUUCACAGCGCUCCCUCAUGAGUGAACAAUUUGAGAUCGUCGUCAUCCUCGAAGGCAUUGUGGAGACCACUGGUAUGACGUGCCAGGCUAGGACAUCAUACACCGAGGACGAGGUUCUAUGGGGCCACCGCUUCCUUCCCGUUAUGUCGCUAGAGGAAGGCUUCUUUCGUGUGGACUACUCCCAGUUCCACAGCACCUUCGAGGUGCCCACGCCAUCGUACAGCGUCAAGGAGACUGAAGAAAAGGCGUCGCUGCAUUCGCCUGCGCCAACACCAACUCUCAGUGAUGGUCGGGUUCAGAGGGAGCGUGUCUUCUCACUGGACUGCAUCAAUACCAUCAAGGAGCGGGUCAGGGCUGGCCAAUCCAAGAAGCUACACCGGUUGAGCUCCGGAAAAGAGGACCCACAGUGCCAGGCACAUGGGACGAGCUCCCACCAAUCAGAGAAGGCCUGCAGCACCGGCGACCUGCCCCUCCAGCUGCAACGUAUCUGCUCUGUGCCAGGCCAGGGAGAGGCAGAGCAACAGCAGCAGCUCAAGGCUUUCAGUAUACACUCUAGAGCUACAACUCAGUCCACAGGGGACCUGCAGAAGCCUGGGCUUCCCACUGCCCUCCUGCCCACUCCUGUCCUCUUGGCAGGAGGUCGCACUGAGGACAACUUGCCAGCAAAGCUGCGCAAAAUGAACGCCGAUCGCUGACUUCUCACAAUACAUACAUAUAAAAAGAUAAAUGAAAGCAUGACGCGUUUAGCUCAAUGGGAACUACUGUGAUUUUGGCUCCACUGUUUGUAUUCGCCAUAUAAAGCAAUCCAAGCGCACAUAUUGUUAGCUCAGCAUAGGGGGCCAUGAGGAAUGCUCCCCAACGCCUAUAUAGUGCUAUUCAGGAUUUUAGAUAAAUGAUUGAAUAAACAGACUUUUAAAGAAAUAUUUAAUAGAAAAAUAAACUUUUCUAAAAUAACUGUGUACUUGUAAGUCAUUUACAUCCAGUUUAGAUCCCAGUUUAGAUACAGAGACUAUUAGUUUUCUUCUUUCUCAAGGUCUCUUUUGAAAAUAAUAUUCUCCUAGAUAUACUGUACUCUAACCCUACAGUCACACAACAUCUAUGUCAAUAGAGCCGUUGUUCUGAAAGUUUCUAUUGUAUCCCAUAAAUUUUAAUUUUGCUGUAUAGU